UUUUCAAAACGAGCAGAGAGAGGCAGAGGAAGUGAGAAGGAAUACUCGGGAGGAGAAAUGGAGAGCAGGCUGAAGCUCAGGGCUCUGCUCAUGGCCGCCUCUCUCGCGGCGCUUUCGCUCUUCCUCGCUUCGCAGUACCGGAGACGCCGGAGGCAGAAGCUCCGUUCCGGUUCGUGCUACUUGCGGACGGACUCGAAGCCGCAGCAAUCCUUCAAACGCGUCUUGGCGGACAAUUCUUAUGCUCCUUUCAAGCAUCUGAAGCGCAAGGACUCCGAUGACGAGAUUUCUUCGAAUGUGCAUCCAUACGAGGCGGAGAUCAUGGCUCUUCUGAAUAAUCCUCGACUGGAAUUCAAAAAUCGUCCGGAUGAUAUGGAUUUGACAAUGAAGGAUGCCUAUGUUUGGGUUGAGACCGUGCCGCAGCUAGAGGAACUUGCUGACAUUUUGGCCAAGGAAAGAGUGUUUGCAGUCGACACUGAGCAGCACAGCCUACGUUCCUAUUUAGGUUUUACAGCUCUUAUGCAGAUAUCUACUCAGGAGGAAGACUACUUGAUAGACACUAUUGCACUGCAUGAUUCUAUGGGGAUUCUUCGUUCAGUUUUCAGCAAUCCUAGUAUCUGCAAGGUGUUCCAUGGGGCUGAUAAUGAUGUUCUCUGGCUCCAAAGAGACUUCCACAUAUAUGUGGUGAACCUAUUUGACACUGCAAAGGCCUGCGAUGUGCUGCUGAAACCGCAGAGAUCACUUGCAUAUUUACUCGAAACUUACUGUGGUGUAGCAACAAAUAAAUUGCUUCAGCGGGAAGACUGGAGGCAGCGGCCCUUGCCAGAAGAGAUGGUGCUGUAUGCUCGGACAGAUGCACACUAUCUGUUGUAUAUUGCGCACUGCAUGGUUGCUGAAAUUAGAGAAAGGGAUGAUGAAAAUAAUGCAUCAGAAGAAUCAUUUGGUCGCGAUGACAAAUUGCAUUUUGUUCUUGAGGCUUGUCGACGUUCAAAUGCAAUCUGCUUGCAACUCUAUACCAAGGAUAUUGAAGCUUCACCUGGAGAGGCUGCAGCAUCAUCAUUAAUUUCUCGGCAUUUAAAUGGUCAAGGAAGUGCUUCAUCAGAUGCCUUGGACACUCAGUUUCAGGAUGUCAUCAGAAGAUUGUGUGCUUGGAGAGAGUUGAUGGCUCGUGUUCAUGAUGAAAGCUUAAGAUUUGUGUUAUCAGAUCCAGCAAUUCUAGCUCUUGCGGAGAAAGUACCAUCAACUCUGAGUGAGAUAUUUGACACUAUGACUCAGGCUGAUCUAAAUGCAGAGUCCUUGAGUGCUUCGUUCCCAUCACCAUCACCUGUUGUUUGCAGUCACAUGGACCACUUAGGUCAUCUAUUUCUGAAGAAGAUUGGAGACCUCAAUGAUCUUUUUCCAGUAAUUCUUCAGACGUGCCUCGGUCAAAAUGGAAGUUGUCCAUUGACCGUCUGUAAUUAUCCUCUUUUGGUUAAUUCUACAAUGAAAUUAACAAACAGGGUGCUCUCCAGACAAAAUGGAAGUAAAAGUGCAAAACAAGUUACUCGGAAGGCUUCUCGACAGCUUUUUGUACAAAAGUUCUCUUGCAAAUCACCAGUAUAUCAUAAUUGUAGAAUCUACGCAAACGAUGGGCGAUUACUCUGUUACUCCGAUCGUAGAAAGCUUGAAUGGUACCUUCGUCGAGAUCUAGCAAAAGUUGUAGAUGAUGAUCCACCUGCAAUUAUGCUUCUUUUUGAACCCAAAGGCCGCCCAGAAGAUGAGGACAAUGACUUCUACAUCCAGAGUAAGAAAAAUAUUUGUGUUGGAUGUGGAGAAGGUAACCAUUACCUACGGUAUAGGAUUAUACCCUCAUGCUACAGGAUGCAUUUCCCGGAGCAUCUAAAAAGUCACCGUUCUCAUGAUAUCGUCCUUCUUUGUGUGGACUGCCACGAAGUUGCUCAUGCUGCUGCUGAGAAGUACAAAAGGCAAGUUGCUGCAGAGUUUGGUGUUCCGCUUUUUGUUCGUAAUAUUGCCGAUUCAAAAGAUGUCAGAGAUCCAUCAGAAACAUCAGAGUUGACAGUAAACUUUGAGCAAGCUGGAGUAUCUCCUUUAGAACUUCGCACUGCUGCAAUGGCCCUCAUUCGUCAUGGACAUAAGAUGCCACCCAAACGGCGUGAAGAGCUGACACAGGUUGUCAUGAGAUUCUAUGGAGGAAGGGAGAUAACCAACGAAGAUCUGGAAAGAGCUUUGUUAGUUGGGAUGAGUUCUCAUGAGAGGAAACGGCUUGAAAAGAAGAGGGGGUUGUCUUUGAAAAGAAAUAAAGCAGAAGUUAUUCCUGGUGCAGAGCAGAAAAAAGAUGAUAAUGAUACUGGGGUAUUAUCUAUUGCUGCAGAUCAAUUAGAAGUUGGUCGUCUUGAUUGUGAAAAGGAAGGUGCAGAGUCUUCAUUUAUAAGUGACGAGGGUUGUGGCAAUUCUUUGUUACAUUGUGAUUCAGUGGCGGAAGAGGAAGCUCCCAUCUCCAUCGAGAAUGAUAAGAAUAUAGAAUCAAAUAGGAGUGAAGCUUUUAAUUGUGAAGAUGUCCAUGCAGUAGAUAUUUAUGAUGAUGAGGAGAGUAGAACUGUUCAGAAUGAAGUGGUUGGGAUUCAUGAUUCUGUGAAUGGUGGAGCUCCUCAGCCUAAGCACAAUCCGAAACUCUCACUUCUGGGACACGGGCCCCAUGGGAAACAAGUGGUGGAUCAUAUACUUCAGGAGUAUGGGGAGGAUGGUAUUCGUGAAUUCUGUCAAAGAUGGAGGCAAGUAUUUGUUGAGGCUGUUCAGCCUCGUUUCUUGCCUGCUGGCUGGGAUAUUAAGCACAGUGGUAGAAGGGAUUUCGGUGAGUUUAGCGUGUAUAAUCCUGCAAAGAAGGCAUCAUCUGAUGCUGCAAGGACCUGACAUUUUCGAAUUCCUGAAACUGAAGGUCACCCCAUGCUAUGUGGUAUGCACGGACGAUUGUCUAGUAUCAAGCUCAAAGGGAAAUCAUAAGGGGGAGCGAUCCUUUAGCCAUGUGUCAUUUAAUAGUGAUCUCUAUAAUAUAAUAUUUAAAGAUCAUUUUAGAGAUUCCUCCUCUCUUCUCUCUUCUUUCUUUUAAAAAAAGAAAUUGUUUAGAUGCGUGGGGUGUGUGUGCGUAAAAUUAGGUCAUUUAAGAAGGACAAGUCUUCAUUCGUCUAUAUUUAUAUGUGUUUGUGUAAAUUUAUGUAUCAUACCCUCAAUAAUACUUCCACUUAAAAUCUUCGAGAAUUUUAGUACUUUCUCGGUUUUUCCACUAAAAAUAAAUUUUUUAAAGAAACAAAUAUUAUUUUUAUUUACAAUUUUUU